GGGAUUAUUUACAUGAUCAAAAAUAAGAACUUUAAUUUCGAACGAAUACCAUAUCCACUACAAUUGGAUUCCCUAACUUAUCAUUAUAUAGCUGUGCCCAUAAGCGUAGGUGGUGUCCAGUUGGACGAAGAUGGCUUCGUUUCUUAUGCAAAAGCAGUUCGUUUGAUGUACUUCUUGGACGAUGGUACAGCUACUAAACGCAAACUUGCAGAAGAAUGGGAAAGCGAAUUUUUAAAAAUAGUUAAUGCACUUAGAUAUGGAGAAGUAGAAGUGACCGCAUUCUCCAUACUGUCCAUAGAAAAUGAAAUUCAUAGAAUCACAGAACAUGGAUUACCUUACGCUUGCGUCGCAGUUCCUCUCAUGAUUAUCAUAUCUGUAAUUACUUGCAUGAUGUUCGACUGGGUAAGAAGCAAACCUUGGCUGGGCAUUUCUGGUUUCUUGACUUCAAGUAUGGCGGUUGGUAGUACUUUUGGAAUGUUCGCUUAUUUGAAUGUGGAUUUUACUGAUGUAAAUACUGCAAUUGCCCUCAUAAUUUUCGUUCUAGGAAUGCACAAUUCUUUUAUAUUUUUAACCGAGUGGAGAAGCACCGGAAGUAAUCAUAGCGUUGAAAAAAGGAUGGGUGAUACCUACUCUCAAGCUGUUCCCAUGAUUUCUGUUUCGUGCCUGACUUUAGGAAUCAUCUUCGUGCUAUCAUGUGCUCUGCCGUAUUAUGUCAUCCAAGUGUUUUCUUUCUAUGCUGUUACUGCCAUAAUAUUUACGUAUAUUUAUGGGAUGACAUUUUUUGGUGGAUGCAUGGCUCUCAGUGGAUAUCGUGAAGAAACCAAGCUUCAUCCCAUUACGUGUUUACCCAUAAAACCUCUCUGCCUUUCCGAAAAGCGAAAUCCUUUAUUCCGAUGGUUCUGUACUGGUGGCAAUGCAGCUUCAGAUUACGAAGAUAAUCAAAAAGAGCCAAAAAAUGAGUGUAUGGUGUUCUUCCAAGAGAAAUUGGGCCGUUUAUUAAAAUAUAGAAUGACAAAGAUAGUUGUUGCAACAGCGUUUGCUGCUUAUCUUAUUAUCGCAGGAUGGUUAAUCACUCGAAUCAAAUGUGGUUUGGAUUACAGCAAUCUCUUUCCAUCCAAUACUUACAGUUCCAGAUUUGUAAAACUAUUCUACAAAUAUUUUACUGACUAUUCUCAAAGACUUCAAGUAAUCGUAAAUACUCAGCUGGAAUAUUCUGAACCGGAAGUGCAAGCAAAAUUUAACGAACUGGUUCAAAGGUUCGAAAAUGCCACUUAUGCUGGAGAACAAGCGCUGACAGAAUCGUGGUUAAAGUAUUUCUACAUAUUCGUCAACAAUGUUACAGGGAUGUUUGUACUUUACGCUCAUAACCUACGAAAAAAGUUUGAAUUUUUAGAUGCCAUCAAGAAUUAUUUUCUGAAAUUAGAAACUGCGGUUGGAUUAAGUUAUGAUAUACACUUCAAUUCCAAUGCUUCCGAUAUCCUCUAUAGUCGAUUUUCUAUACAAGUUGUUCAUACUCACGAUAAUUACAACGAAAUGCAAAUGAUGCAGAACUUCAGGGAUUUGGCAGAUAAUUCUGAUUUUCCUGUAAUAGUUCAUAGUAUGUGGUUCGUUAUAUACGAUAUUUUCCUCGGAAUCAAGAGUACUUUCUUCCAAUUUUUUGGCACCACAUUACUUGCUAUGAUUGCUACUUUCUUCGUAUUCGUUCCUAAUUUAGCUUGCACAUUCUGUGUUUUCUUAAGUUUCGUUUCGAUACAAUUAGGUGUUGUAGCUUAUGCUUCUCUAUGGAACAUUAAAUUUAAUGCCGUAUCAGUAUUUAGCCAGAUUGGUUGUAGCAUAGUACCUAUUUUAUUCUGUUUACAAAUACCGUAUGUAUAUCAUAAGAUAGAAGGAAAAAGAAAAGUUAAAAAAACACUAUAUUACGCAGGCAUGCCAAUUUUUCAAUCAUCCAUAUCAACAUUAAUAGGACUAUUUGUUUUGUCAUUUGUUCCAAUACCAAUUUUUCCAAUUUUCUUUAAAGUUUCGUUUCUUGUAAUUUUGAUAACAGUAUUUCAUGCAUAUUUCGUCGUACCGACAUUACUGUUAUUUUACGAGGAUCUAUUCCCUCAUACUAAAAUUAAAAGAUCUUUCCAUAAAACUAGCCUCAGAAAUAGUUUUAGAAAAAGUAGCAUUACAUCUACAUUUAAAUCUAGUAUAAAAUCGAAGAAAGAACCGGAUGAGGAUAUGACACCCAUGUCUGGUUUCCACGAAGAAGAUGAAGAUGAAAGUGAGGAAUCUGGAUUCGAACACUCUUCCAACGAACUUAGUAAUGAAGUGUUCGAAUUCCACGACAGAGACUGCAGUGAUGAAAGUGUUUGAAUUUUCUUUACUUGAAAAAUACUCAUUCACAUUGUAUUAUUUGUGUAUCAUUUGAGCAUCAUUCAGCUUUCUCUCCAAUGCUUAAAUGCUAAAUAUAUUGUGAUACGUUAAGAGAAAGCUCAAAUUGACUGUGAUUCCUUCUGAACUUAUAAAAAUUGCUCAUUAUUCAUAUAUUGUAUAUACGUUUAUGAAAGUCAUAUAAAUACGGUUAUGUAAUUGC